GCCCCUAGUCCCUUGCCCCCCGGUUAACGGGGACGUCACGCUCCGCCGCGAGCCGCCCAGCGGUGACGUCACCGCCGACACGCGCGCCGUUCGCACGGAGUCCGUUUGAAGAGCCACACGUUUCAAGCCGAACCGAACCGAACUGAAACCCUGACCCAGAGCUAUGUCCGCUAAGCCCGGCGAAGAGAAUCCCGGGUUCCUAGGGAGUGCCCCGCCGGGAAGCGAAGCGUGGCCUCCAAGCCCACCCAGGGACCAGGCGACAGGACGGCGGCAAGUCGAAGGCGCUGGGCUAGGGGGGCCCGUCGCCAUGGAGACUGCGUCUACAGGUGAUCUGGACUUCGACCUCCUGGAUAGCUCAGUGAGCCCUGGCAGCGAGCUGUACACAUCUCUGCGCUCUCAGCAAGUGGCACCAUAUCUCUUUGGGGAACAGAAGCGAGUAGAGCGGCUGUCCAGUCUAGAUUCCCACGGUGGGAUGUUCAGCUCCGAUUCAGGCAUCGAAAUGACCCCUGGGGAGUCCAUAGACGUGGCCCGGAAUCUGCUGGAGUCGGAGAAGACUGAAGCCUACAGCUACAUGGACGUAGGCCAAAGGGAUGAGCAUCAGCCACAACUGCAGCACCUUGGUAGGUGGGAGGAGUCAGUCAAGACCAGCUCGGGCCGGUACCAGGAGAAGAAGGCCCCAGAGACCUUGGGCCCGGUGCUGGACUCAUACUCCUUCCCUUAUGUGGAGGAACCUUCGGAUGAAGAGCUGUUGGACCACCUGGCUGAAAGUGCAGGAGGCACACCACGGACCAUCAGCCCAGUCAGGAUCACACUGACUGAGACAGCCCCCGCCUAUGGCUGCCCCCCCCAGAUCUCAGUGUCUGAGAGAGAGAGCAUCCUCAGCCUGGGUGUGGAAGGAGUGCCCACCGUCACACUGUCCGAGCCUGAGGACGACAGCCCCGACUCUGUUACGCCUCCCCUCACAGAGGAAUCCCCAUCUGACCUCAUGUUCCAGUCUAGCGUGGUGAAGCCUGUGAGUUCAGGAGUAGUUAAUGCUUUCGGGGCCUCUGUCCAGCCCCUCCACUCAGCAACAGUAAACGACCAAGAUGGCAGCAGCGCCGAGUCGGGUGACUCUGAGAUUGAGCUGGUGUCGGACGAGCCGUCCCCUCACCACGAGCAGCGGUCCCCUGGAGCUGGUUACGCGAGCUUCGGUCUCGUGGGAGGCCCCGCCUCUACCGUGGCCCCAGUGGCUCCACCCAUUCAGUAUAGCAUUCUGCGUGAGGAGCGGGAGGCAGAGCUGGACAGCGAGCUCGUCAUAGAGUCAUGCGAUGCCUCCUCUGCAUCGGAGGAGAGCCCCAAAAGGGAGCAAGACCCUGCCCCGGCCCCGGCCCCUGCCCUCACAACUGCACCCGCCCCCACCCCUAUGCCUGUUGAGCCCCCAUCCUACAUUUCAAGAGAGGGUUCAGCCAGUGACAAGAUCCUCAGUACUUCCAAGAUGGAGGGUGUUAACCCUUGCCGACCUCAGGCUCCGCCCAGCGUAGCUUUCCUCGAGCCACAGGUAGAGAGACGACCCCUAGAAGAGAAGGAAGAGGCAGAGGAGGGGAGGAAGAGGCCAGCCGGUGAGGGCAGGGGGGAGUCAGAAAGACACCACACACUGCCUUUGUUCCUGCAGGGUCUGAACAAGCAGAAAGCCAUGGACCUCCUGUAUUGGCGGGACGUGAAGCAGUCAGCCGUGCUGUUUGCCAGCGUGAUGCUCCUGCUCUUCUCGCUCACGCAGUUCAGCGUUGUCAGCGUCAUGGCCUACAUGGCCCUGGCUGCCCUCUCCGCCACCAUCAGCUUCAGGGUCUACAAGUGCGUCCUGCAGGCCGUGCAGAAGACCGACGAGGGACACCCCUUCAAGUCCUACCUGGAGGCAGAGAUCGCCUUGUCCCAGGAUCAGAUCCAGAAGUAUACCGAUUGCACCCAGCUCUACGUGAAUAGUGCCAUGAAGGAACUACGCAGGCUGUUCCUGGUGCAGGACCUGGUAGACUCACUCAAGUUUGCUGUGCUGAUGUGGUUGCUAACAUAUGUGGGGGCGCUCUUCAAUGGCCUAACACUGCUCAUCCUGGUGGUCAUAUCCAUGUUCACCAUGCCUGUGGUCUAUGAGAAGUACCAGGCUCAAAUUGACCAAUACCUGGGGUUAGUAAGGACCCACGUCAACUCUGUGGUAGGAAAGAUACAGGAGAAAAUUCCAGGGGCCAAACGGAAGACGGAAUAGAAGACCCUGCGGCCAGCAGCCGUGCCAGGAGCUGGAUCUGUACCUUCUUUUGGUCAACAUCAUGGUGUUUGGGAAAACUGCACACGUGUGCAGCGGGGAGGGGAGGGGCGUCUCUGAUUACAGUAAACUCACUUUAUCAUGCCAAGCACUAAAAGUCUAGUGAGGAAAAUAAAAGUUCAGACAAAUGACGUGUUUUUUUGUAUUGUUUAUUAAGUGCAUGACUUCUUAAUAUUGACUUGUGUGUUAUUUUCCCGCUACUCUGCGAAGUGCUGGUGGAUUUAAGCUGUAACGUGACGUAAUUCGCUCAGCUGUGACGCUAAGCAUCGCCUUUAUCUAAACACAUCCAUAUGUAUAAAUACCCCAUAGACACGUGGACUCAUUCUUUUGGUGUUUUCCAGCACAAAUCAAACACUUCUCUACUUAUGAACUAUGGUGAUUGUAGGCUUUGUUUUUUUGUAUUAAAAUAAGGAACCCGACUGAUGUUUUAGGUACUGCUGUUAAAUCACACAAAAGACGACAGCGGGUGGUCUUUGGUGAGAUCUCACUAGCUUGUUAAAAACCUGUCCACCUUUGUACCUUGUUUGAUGUAGUUCUUCUUAGUCCUGAACUAUUUGCACCUCUGUACUGUUAAUGAAUGCGAAAAUAAAUGUUCCUGAAUGUAAA